CCAUUGUGGGCCGCACUAAAGACCGCUUGUUAAAUGCUGCGAGACACAAACACAGCAGUUGAGGCGGUUAAUUGAUCAGCUUAAACUCUGGCCCUAAUUAGCACAUUCUCAGAAGGAAGAGCUAAGAUGGUUGCUACUGGCUUUAAUUGACCUUUACAAUUCAAUAGUCCACCUUCCAAGUGCAGAAUUUUACAUAUCUAUGGCAGCAGGUGGGUGAAAGGCUGAAAUAAACCAGGCUGACAAGCUAUUUGAAUCCUCUCUAAAAUUUUUACUGUACAACUUGUGGCGUUUUCUCUUCAUACACAUUCUAUUUUUUCUUUCUGCUUUAUUUAUUUUCCUUUUAAAUGCACCUUCAGUGUAUAUAUCUACAUUUAGACAGUGUCAUUUCUCAUCAUCUUAAAGCAUGUAGAUCAUAGAUUAUUUUGUGGAGUGGAACUUCUGGCCCUUUACAUCCGACAAACUCAGCUUAUUAUUUCUCUUUGCUCUAACAGCAUAAACAUUUUCUCGUGUGUCUUUUCUCAGAAGGCAGGUCCUGCUGAAGGUCUGGUCUCUGGCUAUUUAUAGUGACACCACAUGUGUCUCAGUGAAAUUUCUCAUGUGGUCUCACAAAUCACACUUGUUCCAACUACAACCUGUUGGUCACGUCUUCUCCAGCCCUCACAUGUUAUUUUCUCAGAUAAAGCUCUUAUCGCUCAGUCCCCCAGCCGAUGAACUUUGACCCUCACUUAUAGGCUCCCCUCUGCUCCUCCUCCACAGCCAACACAGUCAAUCAGAAACAAGCCUGUGUCCAUAUGCUUGAAGAUUCAUCACUAUGAAUCGAGCCUGGGCUGUUUUCAAGGCCCAUCCGUACAUUAGUAACGUCAUGGGAUACACAGCACUGUUUGCCUCAGCCGACCUCAUACAGCAGAGCAUGCUGGGUGGGAAACCUACAGGACCAAAGGGCUCAGUUGGGAUAGAUUGGGGUCAAACUGCUCGCGUGGCCACUGUUGGCUUCUGUUUUCAUGCAAACUUUAACUACCACUGGCUCAGAGGGCUGGAAAGGAUGCUGCCUGGAGCCGGAGUAAGGACCGUGGCAUCAAAAGUUGUGAUAGAUCAGCUGGUCGCAGCUCCUCUCACCAUCAGUGCGUUUUAUAUAGGUUUGAGUUUACUAGAAAAAAAAGGUGACCCACUUGAGGACUGGAGACAGAAUUUUUGGACAUCUUACAAGGCUGGGGUAGUAUACUGGUCAACAAUGCAGGCAGUAAACUUUGCGUUUAUUCCUCCUGUGGCUCGGACAGUGUUUCUGGGAGGCAUCGCUCUGACUUUUACAAUCUUCUUGUGCCACCUCAGGCAUCAUCGUAGCCGCAAGGCAGAAUAAGGCUGACACCAAUUAAUUGUAAUGCAAUGAUGUAUUAAUAAAAAAAAUCCCUACUCAAUAAAUAUUAUAAUUGCUA